AUGAUUUUAUGGAAAAUUUGGGAGGAAGAUUCUAUUCACAAGGUUUAUACGGAAAGAUCAAAAGUAUUGAGUAGUUCUACUUUUAUAAAGCGCGUAGAAUCUAAUUUUGCUUUAUUGUCACCGAUUGGGAAACCGUGCGAAGCUAAAACGUAUAAUGCAGAAGGUUACUACAAUAAUUGGUACACUACUUCAGAUUUCGGAAACUAUACCAUUAAUUACGCACGAGAUGAUUCAGCAACAAGUACUUUACACAUAAUUCUAGAAGAGACGUCAAAAAUAAUGAUUUUAUGGAAAAUUUGGGAGGAAGAUUCUAUUCACAAGGUUUAUACGGAAAGAUCAAAAGUAUUGAGUAGUUCUACUUUUAUAAAGCGCGUAGAAUCUAAUUUUGCUUUAUUGUCACCGAUUGGGAAACCGUGCGAAGCUAAAACGUAUAAUGCAGAAGGUUACUACAAUAAUUGGUACACUACUUCAGAUUUCGGAAACUAUACCAUUAAUUACGCACGAGCAAUCUCAAUAAUACUCGCCUCAGAAGAGACAGCAAUUAUCAAGUAUCAACCUGCUUAUUUGAAAACCAAUAUGAAUGGAAACGAUUCAAACACAAAUACUAUGCGCGUUAUUCAAGAACAAACAGAUGGAAUCGGAUUGGAAUGGAAACCAAUGAAGCAUGAAACAUUCUCAUAUGUCUCUGUGGAGGCAUAUAUUAGCUAUUUUUCAAAACCAUCUAAUAGAACUACUGAAGGCAAUCUCGGCUUUCUAUCCUAUACAAGGAAUCCAUGCACAUCUAUAACACAUUAUGCUAAUGGGUACUAUACCAAAAUAAUGUUUGUCCCAGUGCAAUUUAUAUCAUAUUCCAUUGAUUAUAUGUCAGUUCCAAGGAUUAAAAAUGUUCACAUUGAAAAAGUAUCCGAUACAUCUUCAUUGGUAACAUGGCAACAUGAAGAAUCAACAUGUAUGACAAAUGGUUUAACAAUUAUUUUUCACGGGCAAUCAUCAUCCAAAUUAGAAAUGGUUAUUAUUCCAAGCAGUCAAUCUCAAUAUCAUCUAAAUAGUUCAACAACAACAACAACAGGUCAAAGAGAAAUUUUCAUUCUAUUCAACGUACAUGAUAAUCAAUUCUCUUUACCGACAUUAGAAACAGAUAAAUUGCCAACAGAUUCCAAAGAAACUCCAGUGAAUAAAAAAACAGAUAAAUUGCCAACAGAUUCCAAAGAAACUCCAGUGAAUAAAAGUGAGUAA